ACGUGUAUUUUAAUCAUUUAUCUUGCUGUGUUUUUCUCUAAAGAAGCCUAAAACACUUUCGGACUUUUAUUUUGAAACUCAGCAGCUGAUCUCCACCGGAAGCUGUAGUCCUGACUGCGGCUAACUUCCCCCUCUGACCAAGAUGGCGUCUCUCGGAAAGCAGUGUUAGCAGAGGGUCUUUGUUGUGUUAGAAAGAGGUAAAAUGUGUAAAGUCCAGAUGCUGAGAGCGUUGGUGGAGCAGCGACUAACUGCGGCUGCUGAAGAGAUAUUUGGGCUGUUUGAAAGAACGAUAGCAGAGUACGAGGAGGAACUUUGUCGUUCAAAAGAGGAGAACGAGCGACAACGGGAACUACUGGACGCAGUUUUCAACCCUCAGCUCCGGGUCCACAGAGCAGAUGUGCAGAAGCUGUCGGUGGUUAAAGAAGAGGUUCCCGCUGAGCAGCAGCAGUGUAGCUCCAGUGUGGACCAGCAGGAGCCAGAGCCCCCCCCACACAUUAAAGAGGAACUGUGGAGCAGUCAGGAGGGAGAGCAGCUUCAAGGGCUGGAGGAGGCUGAUAUCACCAAGUUCUCAUUCACUCCUGUCCCUGUGAAGAGUGAAGAUGAUGAAGAGGAAGAUGUUGAGCAGCUGUUGGUGCUUAAAGAAGAGGUUCCCCCUGAGCAGCAGGAGUGUAGUGCCAAGGUGGACCAGCAGGAUCCAGAGGCCCCCCCACACAUUAAAGAGGAGCGGGAGGAACUGUGGAGCAGUAAGGAGGGAGAGCAGCUUCAAGGGCUGGAGGAGGCUGAUAUCACCAAGUUCCCAUUCACUCCUGUCCCUGUGAAGAGUGAAGAUGAUGAAGAGGAAGCUCAGUCCUCACAGCUUCAUCAAAGACAAACUCAACACAUGGAAACAGAAGCUGAUGGAGAGGACUGUGGAGGACCAGAACCAGCCAGGAACUCGCAUCCACUUUUACAACCAGAGACUGAAGACCAGACUGGAGACUCUUCUGAACCUGAGACUGAUGACAGUGCUGAUUGGAAGGAGACCAGAGAACCUCAGUCAGCUUUAAACUCUCUGAAACAUGAUUCAGGGUGCAAGAAAACAUUCAGCUGCUCUGAGUGUGGGAAGAGAUUUGGCUGCAAGUCAUCUCUAAAGAGACACAUUAUGACUCACAAAGGAGAGAAAGCUUUCAACUGCUCAGUCUGUAGGAAAUCUUUUAAACAGAGAGGACAUUUACGGUCACAUAUGGCAGUCCACACAGGAGAGAAAAGAUUCAGCUGCAGUGUUUGUAACAAAAGAUUUACCUGGAGCACUCAGCUCAAAAGACAUAAAUGUGUUGGUCUGAUGGAAACAGAAACUGAUGGAGAGGACUGUGGAGGACCAGAACCAGGCAGGAACUCACAUCCACAUCUACAAUCAGAGAUUCAAGACCAGACUGGAGACUCUUCUGAACCUGAGACUAAUGACAGUGCUGAUUGGAAGGAGACCAGAGAACCUCGGUCAGCUUUAAACUCUCUGAAACAUGAUUCAAGAUAUGUGCAGAAGCUGUCGGUGGUUAAAGAAGAGGUUCCCGCUGAGCAGCAGGAGUGUAGCUCCAGUGUAGACCAGCAGGAGCCAGAGGCCCCCCCACACAUUAAAGAGGAACAGUGGAGCAAUCUGGAAGGAGAGCAGCUUCAAGGGCUGGAGGAGGCUGAUAUCACCAAGUUCUCAUUCACUCCUGUCCCUGUGAAGAGUGAAGAUGAUGAAGAGAAAGAUGUUGAGCAGCUGUUGGUGAUUAAAGAAGAGGUUCCCCCUGAGCAGCAGGAGUGUAGCACCAAGGUGGACCAGCAGGAGCCGGAGGUCCCCCCACACAUUAAAGAGGAGCAGGAGGAACUGUGGAGCAGUCAGGAGGGAGAGCAGCUUCAAGGGCUGGAGGAGGCUGAUAUCACCAAGUUCCCCUUCACUCCUGUCCCUGUGAAGAGUGAAGAUGAUGAAGAGGAAGCUCAGUCCUCACAGCUUCAUCAAAGACUGACUCAACACAUGGAAACAGAAGCUGAUGGAGAAGACUGUGGAGGACCAGAACCAGCCAAUAACUCACAGCCACGUUUACAAUCAGAGAGUCAAGGCCAGACUGGAGACUCUUCUGAACCUAAGACUGAUGACAGUGCUGAUUGGAAGGAGACCAGAGAACCUCAGUCAGCUUUAAACUCUCUGAAACAUGAUUCAAUAUGUAAAAAACGAUUCAGCUGCUCUGAGUGUGGGAAAAGAUUUGUCUUCAAGUCAGAUCUGAAGAGACACAUGAGAACUCACACAAGAGAGAAACCUUUUAGCUGCUCAGUCUGUAAGAAAUCUUUUACACAGAGUGGAAGUUUACGGUUACACAUGGUAGUCCACACAGGAGAGAAACGAUUCAGCUGCAGGGUUUGUAACAAAAGAUUUGCCUGGAGCGCUCAGCUCAAAAAACAUAAAUGUGUUGGUCAGAUGGAAACAGAAGCUGAUGGAGAGGACUGUGGAGGACCAGAACCAGCCAGGAACUCACAUCCACUUUUACAACCAGAAACUGAAGACCAGACUGGAGACUCUUCUGAACCUGAGACUGAUGACAGUGCUGAUUGGAAGGAGACCAGAGAACCUCAGUCAGCUUUAAACUCUCUGAAACAUGAUUCAAGACGUAAGAAAACAUUCAGCUGCUCUGAGUGUGGGAGGAGAUUUGGCCGCAAGUCAUAUCUUAAGAGACACAUGAUGACUCACACAGGAGAAAAACCUUUCAGCUGCUCAGUCUGUAAGAAAUCUUUUACACAAAGAGGAGGUUUACAGUCACACAUGGUAGUCCACACAGGAGAGAAAAGAUUCAGCUGCUCUGAGUGUGGGAAAAGAUUUGGCUUAAAGUCACAUCUGAAGAACCACAUGCUAACUCACACAGGAGAAAAACCUUUUAGCUGUUCAGUCUGUAAGAAAUUUUUUACACGGAGUGAACAUUUACGGUCACACAUGGUAGUCCACACAGGAGAAAAACCUUUUAGCUGCUCAGUCUGUAAGAAAUUUUUUACACGGAGUGAACAUUUACGGUCACACAUGAGAAUCCACACAGGAGAAAAACCUUUCAGCUGCUCUGUUUGUAAGAAAUGUUUUACACGGAUAGGACAUUUACGGUCACACAUGGCCGUAGUCCACACAGGAGAGAAAAGAUAUAGCUGCUCUGUUUGUAACAAAAGAUUUGCCUGGAGCUCUCAGCUCAGAAAACAUAAAUGUGUUGGUCAGAUGGAAACAGAAGCUGAUUAAGAGGACUUUGGAGGACCAGAACCAGAACUGCAAUCUUCCUGAAUCUUGGCAGGUAUUAUCUACUGACACUCACGAUGAAAAGUUAUCCAAAGAAUUUUGUUAGUGCGAAAAAUGUGCGAGCUAUAGAGGACCAACUUUCUGUCAGGGUUCUUGAAAGAAGAAGUUGCAUAUCUGGCCAAGAUUUAUUCCAAUCGCCACC